UUAUUUUUUUUUUUUGGUGUGUGACCAUUUUCGUGUCGAUGUGUCUUUCUCACAUUCAAUUGCUCGCUCUUUCUAUCCCGUUCGCGCGAUAACAACGGACGCACAUACACGCACCGCAAUCCCGAAAUAAAGAAGGGAAAUCACAAUGGCGUCACUCUAUGUAGGCGAUUUACACGCGGAUGUCACUGAAGCAAUUCUGUUUGAGAAAUUCUCGACGGCUGGACCAGUAUUGUCAAUCCGUGUUUGUCGCGAUGUUAUUACUCGUCGUUCCCUUGGAUAUGCCUAUGUCAAUUUCCAACAACCGGCUGAUGCUGAACGUGCCUUAGAUACCAUGAACUUUGAUGUACUCAAGUCUCGACCAAUCCGUAUUAUGUGGUCGCAACGGGAUCCAUCGUUGCGUAAAUCGGGCGUUGGUAAUGUGUUUAUCAAGAAUUUGGAUAAGAACAUCGAUAACAAAGCCAUUUACGAUACAUUCUCGGCAUUUGGAAACAUUUUGAGUUGUAAAGUGGCUCAAGAUGAAAAGGGAAUGUCCAAAGGCUAUGGAUUCGUUCAUUUUGAAACCGAAGAAGCGGCCAAUACAUCCAUUGAAAAAGUCAACGGUAUGUUGUUGAGUGGUAAAAAAGUCUUCGUUGGCCGCUUCAUUCCCCGUAAAGAGCGCGAAAAGGCUUUGGGCGAAAAGAACAAAUUGUACACAAAUGUUUAUGUGAAAAACUUUGGUGACGAAUUGAGCGAUGAAACGUUGCGCGAUAUGUUUGAAAAAUUCGGCAAAAUCACCAGCCAUAAAGUGAUGUCGAAAGAUGAUGGAAAAUCGCGUGGAUUCGGUUUCGUUGCAUUCGAAAGUGCUGAAGCAGCCGAAAAUGCCGUCAAAGCAUUGAAUGGCAAAGAAUUGGGCGACGGCAAAGUAUUGUACGUUGGCCGUGCUCAAAAGAAAAUCGAACGUCAACUCGAAUUGAAACGUAAAUUCGAGGAAAUCAAAACAGAACGAUUGAGCCGCUACCACGGCGUCAAUUUGUAUGUCAAAAACUUGGACGACACAAUCGAUGACGAACGUUUGCGCCGCGAAUUCGAUCCAUUCGGCACCAUCACAUCAGCUAAGGUUAUGCUGGAAGACGGACGCUCUAAGGGAUUCGGUUUUGUCUGUUUCUCAGACCCUCAAGAAGCCACCAAGGCAGUCACAGAAAUGAACGGUAGAAUCUGUGGUUCGAAACCAUUGUACGUUGCAUUGGCUCAGCGCAAAGAAGAGCGUAAAGCUCAUUUGGCCGCCCAAUACGUGAAUCGCAUUAAUAAUGUACGUAUGCAACAACUCGGACACAUCUUCCAGCCAGGCGGUGCUGGUGGUUACUUUGUACCAACAUUGGCUCCACCACAACGAUUCUACGGACCACAAGUCACACACUUGCGAAGCCAACCAAGAUGGGCAACGCAACAACCCGUACGCCAACAGGCCGGUGCACAAAAUGCCGACGUCAAGGUAUUGCAUCCAGCUGCUGGUGGCUAUCCAAAUAUCACUGGCGCUACAAAUGCCCAAUAUCGUCAAGCACCAGCUGCUGGCGUACGCCAACAAGCCCAAGGUGGCCAAGGUGCACAAGCCGCAGGAAUUCGCAAUUCAGCACGACCAAUCACCGGACAACAGCAAGCCGUUCAGGGACGACCAAUGCCAUCAGGACCAGUGCCUCAGGCAAAUCAAGCUCGUGCCGCCAACUACAAAUACACAGCAAACAUGCGCAAUCCACCAGCUCAAAAUGUUGCAAUGGUUCCACAAGCAGCUCCAGUCCAAGCUGUACACGUCAAGGGUCAAGAGCCAUUGACUGCAACAAUGUUGGCCGCUGCUCAACCAGCCGAACAGAAGCAAAUGCUCGGUGAACGUUUGUUCCCAAUCAUCGAAUCUAUGUAUCCACAAUUGGCCGGUAAAAUCACCGGUAUGUUGUUGGAAAUCGACAAUUCGGAACUAUUGCACAUGCUUGAACACAACGAUUCGUUGAAAAACAAAGUCGAUGAAGCCGUUGCCGUACUUCAGGCCCAUCAAGCCAAGCAAGCUGUCACAUCUGGCGGAAAAUUGGAAUAAAUUCUAUGAAAGUUCGCAAGCUUACCAACAACAACAACAACAACAACAACAAAAGCAGCAACAACAACUUUUUUUUCUUUUUCCUCUGUAAAACCAAUUUUAAAGUCGCAAUAAAAUACAUUCCGUUGCGUUAAAUUGAGAGAAAAGCAAAAAGAAAAACCAACGAAAAAAAAUAUACACACAAAAUACCAAAAUCAAUCAAUUCAUACACACAAAAACUGAACUCUGUCCAUUGGAGUAUCAAUGAAUAAUUAUGAAAAAAAGAACAACAGCAACACAGACAUCAACUCUCUUCGCACCAUUUUGCGGAUGCAAGAGAGGAUGAUAAAUCUUACGAAUACCAUCAUAAACAAACAUCAUCAGGCGACUUUAAUCAAACUACUUUUUUUCUUUAUCCCUCUUUUCGUUUGUCGAUUUAAGAACCAAGAAAAUAAUUCUUACCAUCCUUUUUUUUGUUUUCUCCUCCAAGUUCUUACCACAAUCCAGACCUUUUUUUUGUCCGAAACCUUUUUUUUACAGAUUUCAUACAGAAAAAAAUGAUGAUUUUCAGAAAGCUCAACAACAAAAAAUGCCAUUUAUUUUCCUUUUUUGUUUAUCAAAUUUUUUUGUUUGUUACAAAUUCUAUCGAUUUUUUUGAAACACAACACUAAAUUUUAAAAAAAUAAAAAAAAGAGAAAAACACCCAAAACUCAAUGAAGAGAAUAAAAAAACACAACAUCAGCAAACGAAAAAAAAGAAGAAAUACACUAAGAAAACAAAAUAAAAAAAAGUGAAUAAAAGUUUAAUUGAAACAAAAAUUAAAUAAAAGAAAAAACUCGAUCCGAAUUUAUCGGCCACACUCUGGAGGUGAAUGUUUCGAGGUGGUCGAUUUUUGGAGAAAAAAAAUUGUAAAAUAUCAAAAUUCUGCAAAAAAAAUGAGAAGAAACAAUGAUUCAAUAAAAAAAAACAAACGGCACGAAUCAGAAGAAUAACAACAAAAAAUGAAGAAACAGAUAGGAAUUCUCUUGAAUUGCAACGAUCUUUUGAUACGGUCAAAACCGACAAAGUAACUCCCCCAAACAAAAUGCGCUGGCAUUUCGAGAGAGAAAACAACAACAAAUCAUCGUGGUGCCAAUCGCAAUAUCAAUUGUUGGGUUCCUUUUUCUGUACAUGAUAACAAUUUCUUAUCGAAAAAUCAUUUUUAAAAACAACAACUUAAACAAAGAUAUCAUGCAAAACUAAAACAAAAUUAUAAUUAUCAAGUUUGUUUUUUGGAACAAAUCGAAUCCAUUUCAAACGUUGCAAUUUGACCAGCAAAUCAACAUCUACAUUUGUUCAAGAGAAUGAUAAAAACAAGUCAUAUGAAAAAGAUUUUUUUUUAAAUGAAAAAAACAAAAGCAAAGUUUAAAAAAAAAUGAGAAACACACACAUGAAGGGACUACAGCAUGAAGAGGAGUAGGAAAAUUUGUUGAAAUAAUCCAAUGGAAAAAAAACAUAAUGAAAGAAUAAGUUCAAUUUUAUACUCUUUUCGAUCAUUUCACGUUAUGGUUAUUAUUUUUUUU